AGAAGAAGAAGCAGAUCCGGUGCAGCUAUGGUCCAUGGUUGUGGCCAUGGUUUAUCCUUUUUCGAUUUGACAUGAUCAUGAAAGUUACCUUUGCGAAGGUUACCCGGUUAUCAAAUCUUCUUUGUUGGUUCACGUCAUCUGCGCAAGUUUGUCAUCGAGAGCAUACAUCUUUUCGUGUCAGAUGUUUGUUUCACUGCGAUGUACUCAGUAAAUGAGGAGUGGAAGAGCACGCGCAGAUGUUUGGUCCAUUCGGUAGGGAUCAUCGCCUUCUUGUUGAUCUAUGGCGUGCUCCAGGAACGGAUCAUGACAAGGCCCUAUGACCAUGAGGUCUUUGACUCAUCGUUCUUCUUGGUCUUCUGCAAUCGUCUGUUGGCUGUGAUCUGUGCCUGUGUGGCGCUCUUCUGCCGCGGUGAGUCUUUUCGAAGCGAAGCCCCAUUCUGGAAGUAUGCCCUGGUGUCCUUAUCCAACGUGGCCGCGACUGCAUGCCAGUAUGAGGCAUUGAAGUACGUCUCCUUCGCAGUUCAAAUGCUGGGUAAGAGCUUCAAGAUGAUUCCUGUGAUGGCUUGGAGCGUCUACAUCAACCAGAAAAGCUAUGAUCUCGAGGACUGCUUGGUAGCCCUUGCAGUGACUGCGGGUGUUGCGGAAUUCUGUUUGAUGGGCCCAACCCUGUCGCGGAGGAUAGAUGAUUCACAGACCACCGGUUUCGGCUAUGUCCUUAUCCUCGGCUUUUUGGUCUUCGAUGGCUUGACUUCCACCUUGCAGGAACAGCUCUUCAAGGAUCACAAGACCAGUAGGUGCAAUCAGAUGCUCUAUGUGAACAUCUUGUCCUCCAUCAUCUCCAGUGUCCUGGUGUUGACAGCAGGACAAGCUGGGUCUUCUGCUGCAUUCUUGAUGGAUCACAACGCUUUUGCCAGAGAUACCACCAUCCUCUCUGGGGCGGCUGUUGCAAGUCAGUACUUCAUCUAUGCACAGGUCCAGGAGUUUGGGGCCUUGGCGAUGGCCGUGACCAUGAACAUCCGCCAGGUUUGUGCGAUCAUUUCCUCCUAUUUGCUGUAUGACCAUGCGAUCACCAAGCUUCAAAUCAUGGGCUUGAGCAUCAUCUUUUCAGCAUUGCUCUACAAGUGGAUCCACUACUUCAGCGAGGCUUCAAUGGCUGAGAAGCAAACAAUCCUGAAGUCCUUCGAAGAUUCUCCAGAUAGCCGCGUUGAUGGAGGAUCAAUUGAUGCAAAGGCCUAGCAGCCCUGGUAGUCGUCAUGAAAAAGCUUGUGUCCGAACCCGAGGUGGGUCGACCUGCUGAGUGUGGUCCUGUUCUAGUUUCCCUGCCAUGAUCACCCGAGAGUGUCAAUGGCCAUUUGCAGAAAAGGGCUGCACUGGAGAUUGGAGCAUUCGUGUGUUGAGUUGCAGUUUGCACGAGAAUUUC